AAACCUAAACCCCCCCCCCCCACCGGCUACAGGCCUGCCUAGGGUACAUGUUGUUCCUCAUUGAUGACUUGUAUUAUCUUCACAAACUCAUGUUGCUUAACUGGUGUUCUGGUUUUCUUUUUUGAAAUUUUAGAGGGUACACACUUUUAUUACAUUUGCAUAGUUUUGAUGAAUAUGCUUCUGCGGAAUAACAGGUGUGACCUAUGAUACCUCUGCCAGUGUCACUUCUGCUGCUGCAGUGUCCCUAACCCUAACUCUAACCUUAGCAAAAGUGUGCCUUACAUGGGAGACCCUACUAGCAGCCACACUACCACGGGCAUAGCUUCACAUGAGCACAAAUGGAAUUAUAGUAUCAUGUUGGGUUAUUCUACUAUAUUUCACACAUUUUCAGGGAUUACCCGCUUCUGUUCUGAAGAAGGACUUACUUUGAGCCUUCAUAAUGAAGAAAGGGAAAGGGAAACUUUACAAUGUCUGGUUUAUUAUUAUUUACUAGUUAUACUAAAUAGCAGAAUCUUCUACCUGUUCUUCUCUGUAGAAGAUUAAAAGUUCCUUGUCUUGUAUUUCUCUCAGGAUCUAACUAGAAUUAUUAAGGUGUCACCUUGUUAGUCAACAGGGCUUCCAUAGAUGGAAAAAAGAGUAGAGAUUUGUAGGAAAAUCAUCAUCACUUUUCUUGUUCAGGAUAAUUUUAAGACCGCAUUUUCAGGAAAAUGAUAGUCAGGAGAAUAAGCAAGCAGCUACAUAGUUCCAUAUAUUUAUUAAAUAAAUUAGUCAUUUUCUGCAGUUACCUACUCCUUGUGGAUUCGCACCAUAUAUCUCACAGACACUUCAUACACUGGGUACAUUUUCUUGUAUAGACAUUCAUAUGCUAGGUGCAUAUUUAUUUAGAAGGCAUCUUUCUUUUCAUAAAGUACAUAUCAUCUUAAAAGGCACCAUGCCUCUCAUAAGGUACAUUUCAAAUAAUUUUCAAUAUAUUUCAGCCUUCUAGUUACACUGAAUUAUUUCAGUAUAACUCUGUAUAAAUAUUUAUUAUUUCAAAGAGUAUUUUCUGUUUUCUGUAUUUUAAAUAGCAUUGUGUUAGAGUACAGGGGAUUUAAAGUAAUCUUAUUUCAUUCUUUGGGCCAGCAUAUCAACCUAGAAGUCAGCAACUUUAACGCAGUUAAUUGCAAAUAGAUCUGGCUUAAAUCACUGAGCUCAAACAUCUAUUAUAUCCAUCUUUGAUCCAUUACUCCACCUUAGAAAUGUUUUUUCCCCUUGCAGAUAGCCUUCGAGAAUUUAGGAAUUGUUUCCAGUAUGUGAGAUAUUUAUAACAUGGCACAACAUGGCAUUUUCCUCUGUCUUUUGUGUCUUUUCUCUGAAUCCUAUUAUUGCAUAUAAGCCUGUAUUUGUUUAUACAGGUGGUCAGGUUGGUGAUGUUGUUUUGAUUGUCAAAGGAACUAAUUCCUAAAUUCCAUGUGCACAUUUGUUGUUGGGCAUCUCUUGAACUCAAUGCUCUGAAGAAAAGCCUUUGUCUAGUCUUGAACGCUACUGCAGUAGGCCUGUGUAUUACACAGAUUUACACAUUUUUAGUUACACGCAAAGACAACAUUAUGCUAAAUCAUGCUCCUUGCAUCAGUCCAUAUUCAGUGUUGAUUGUUUUUUUAAGAGAUUGUGGUGGAGUAGAGGUUGAGGUGAAGGAAAUGUCAUAGUGAAGAAAUCAUGGUUGUAGAAGAUGCUGUGGUGGUGAAGUGUUCAUGUUUUUUAAAAUAAUGCCCAGCAGACAAGUGAUAAAGAUGGAAGUUCUGGACCUAAUAAGGGGAGAAAGAAAAUCUGUUCUGAGAUUGCAAUGAAAAAAGUGAAUCUUUCAUCAGAGAAACUGUGAAGAGGAAAGAAGAAAUUUGUGGUAGUUUUAACAUGGCGCCUCCAAUUUAUGUCCAGAGUGUGAAAUACAUCCAGAGUAGAAAUGGCCUAGAAGACAUGAACAGAAAAUGUGUUCUCUCUUGAUAGCAAGGCUUUUUUUUUUUUACCAGAAAGCACUGGGCCUGUGCAAAGGCCUUGGAAGGGCAUCCCCUGAAAUGAAUGUCACCAAGACAUUUACUGCAAGUAAGGAAUUGUUGCACAGAUUUAGGGAUAGGCAUGGAAUAAAAAAUUAACACUAACACUGUAGGUUGUGUCUCCCAAUUAAGAUUCUACUGCCUCAUUUCCAGAAUGCCAUUUAAAUCAGGUGUUCAAUUGUGAUGAACCUGGGCUUUUAUGGAAAAACGCCUACUAGAAUUUAUAUUCAAAAAAUUGUAAAGGCAGCACCAGGGCAUAAAGCAUGGAAGGACAUGUUAAAUGGUUUUAUGUGGCAACUCUCCAGGACAUAUGAUAUAAAUAUAACUAACUAUGGUGUACUGAUCAAAGAAGCCAUGUGCUUUUUCCAACGAAAAAAAAGCUUUAUCUGGCUGUAUUCUGGCAGCAUGAUACAAAAGUGUGGUUGACAGCCAUCUUGUUUAACAAAUGUUUUCACCAAUGCUUCAUCCAUCCCAGAAGUAAAAAAAUAUAUAAUUAUUGCCACAAGAAACUUAGCUGUUUAAAGUCCGAUUAAUAACUGACAAUGCAUCUGGCCAUACCUAAUCUGUUUCACAUGAAAAUAAAAAUACUGUUAUUGUCUUCUUGCCACCCAAUGCAACCUCAUUGAUUCAGCCCUUUAAUCAAGGUGACAUUUGUUUUGUCAAAGCCACAUACACCCACCCAAUAUUUGAGCCCAUUGUAACAGCAAUUGAUGCAGAUCUUAAUGUAGACAUAUGACCUCAUCACAUGUAUUCCAUCCGCCCCCUGGACAGGAGACAGGGAUAAAUCGUCUUCUGUGUUCAUGAUUUUUGUGGAAAUUAGAGAAAAUGGUAAAACAUGGGAUCUGUCAAAUUUUCCCAUGUUGAAUUGUUUCAGUGAUUUGUAUUAAUGGUGGGCAUUCCUAUAGGCCUGUGGUUCUCAAUCUGUGGGUCCACAGAUGUUUUGGUCUUCAACUCCCAGAAAUCAGCUAGUAAACUAGCUGGGAUUUCUGGGAGUUGUAGGCCAAAACACCUGGGGACCCAAAGGUUGAGAAUCACUGCUAUAGUCAGUAUCCUAACAAACAUUGACAUUUUUCUCCCAAAAUCCUGCUUCAUGGUAAUUUUUAAAAAUAAUGGAAUCAUUCGAAAUACUGAAAUAUCACCACUUUGUUUUUCCUGUCAUUUCUCCUUCAUAGUAAUCUUGGCAUUCGAAAUUUCCCUACUGCUUUUAAACUUUGUUUCGAACUUCCAUGAUUGAAAGCAAUGAGAUUGCGAGGAAAGGAGAGGAGCCCAGUGAGGGGAGGGGUCUUCCUUACAAAUGAUGCCUCACCUCUACUUGAGAGUAAGAAGAUUGGAAAGGAGAGCAGAGGAGCCCAUGGAAAGAAAUGGUGUCUCUCUUAAGAAUGAUGCCUUCUGUCUUCUCAAGAGUAAGCCGGUUGAGAGGGUCCAUAAGAAAGCCCAGAAGUGGUGUCUGAUUUAAGAAUGAUGCCUUGGGUCUCCUCUAGAAUAACAGGGAUGAGAGGGAACAUAAAGAAACCCAAAAGCAGUGUCUUAAAAUGAUUAUAGUUUAGGUUGGAGGAGGUGAUCCUUUAUGAUGGGGUGAUUAAAUUAAAAUAAUAAUAAUAAUAAAACUUUAUUUAUAUCCCGCCACCAUCUCCCCACGGGGACUCGGGGCGGCUUACAUGGGGCAGUGGCCCAAACAAAAUAAGAACAAAAUAUAAGCAACACAAUACAAUCACAAUAUAAAAAGAUAAAACAAUAAUAGAAUAUAUCAAUAUAAACAACAAUACAAGAUAAAAAUUUCAUUUAAAACACAUAAAUGGUAAGACCGUAAUAAAAACAGGAUAAAUUAUUAAAAACCCACUGGGGCUGAUUAAUUAAUGACUAUCUCCGAAGGCCUGCCGAAACAUCCAAGUCUUCAGUUGCUUCCUGAAGGAAGGUAGAGAAAAAUCUUUGCAAAUACAUAUUUUCACGUCCUUUCCCUUGUAAUAUGCAUGGGAGGCUGCUUACACUGGAUUAGACUUUUGGACCAUUUGAACUGUUUUUGUCUUGUAUCAGCUUUUUCAACCACAUACUCUCAAGAUAUAUUGGAUUGCAACCUCUACAAUGGCCAAAAUAGCCAUGGCUGGCCCCAGCAAUAUCAUAUGGUGUUGGAAAGGGGAUUUCAUGCUACACAAUUGUGCUGCUAUGAUUCCACUUUAACACCUUAGGACAGUGGUUCUCAACCUGUGAGUCCCCAGAUGUUUUGGCCUUCAACUCCUAGAAAUCCUAACAGUUGGUAAAGUGGCUGGGAUUUCUGGAAGUUGUAGGCAAAAAAAUCUGGAGACCCACAGGUUGAGAACCACUGCCUUAGGGAAUCCUAGGAUUUGAUUAUUCCAUGAUGACAUUUUUUACAGGAAUCUUUCUGCAGUGAAGAUGCCAUUUAGUUAAGCAUUGCACAUGAUAGGCAUUCUUAACAGGUGUAUUGUGAGCUGCGUACUAUCUAGAAAAAAAUGUAUCCAGUCUAAUGAUGGGAUCCAGCAGAAUGGACAGGUGUACCUGAUUUUCCUAACUUUUGGGGGUAUAAAUGGGCUGAAAUGAAAAGUAAACAUCAAGCAAAUUAAAUGUGCAAAUGAUAUUCAACCUAGUGAUAUUACAGGGACCAGAAAUAAUGCAAAAUUACUCUGGGAGUAAAACAUGAGGGAUGGAAAUAACGGAGAACAAACAUAAGAUUUCCAAAGUUAAUUGAGGAGAGGAUUUGAAAAACAAGGGAAAAGUUAAUUAGGCUGCAUUUACAUAAUUGCAGAAAUCACAUUCCUUAUGUUAAUUGGCCACUUCUUUUGACUGCCCACACUUCAUAACAGCAGGUACCUUUUCCAUUUAUUCCCCAUAACUCAUGCAGCUUUCCAGUGAAUAUGCAGUAGCCUACACACAAUCCAUGGAGAAGAUAUGCAACCUGUUUCAUAGCUAAUUGAAUUAAUGUUGCUUAAUCCUUUAGUCCACCAGCCUCAGUUUUAUCUACACAGGGUGCCCUCCAGAUAGAUUGUACUACAAAUCCAUAAUCCUUGAUUAUGCUGUCUGAGGGUUAUAGAAGUUGUGGUCAAAAACUGGUAACCUCCCUCUGAUCAAUAAUGCCCAAUCAUACUUGGGUUCCAUCCUGGUGUCUUUUCCAACCAAAUGUAUGGGCUUGGGUGGCUUUUCAUUCCACUGGUUAACUGAAAAACCAGCUGAGGUCAUGACUGAAAAACCAGUUAUGAUCAGGACUGAGAAAAUAAUUAACAUCAUGAUCUCAAAACCAAAAAAAACAUGGUCAGGGGCCUCCAUGGUAAGAAAUGAGGCAGAUGGCAUUGGGAGAAAGGGUCUUCUCUGAACACCUGCCUUUGGAAUUCUCUUUCCAGAGUUGUUUGCUUGGCAUCUAAUCAUAAAGAGUUGGGAAUGUUUAGCCUGCAGAAGAGACGGUUGAGAGGAGACAUGAUAGCCAUGUGAAAGGAUAUCAUUAGGAGGGAGCAGCCUUGAUUUCUGCUGUCCUGGAGACUAGAACUCGAAGCAAUGGGUUCAAAUUACAGGAAAGGAGAUUCCACCUGAACAUUAGGAAGAACUUUCUGACUGUAAGAGCUGUUGAGCAGUGGAACUCUCUGCCUCGGAGUGUGGUGGAAGCACCUUCCUUGGAGGCUUUUAAACAGAGGCUGGAUGGCCAUCUGUUGGGGGUACUUUGAUUGUGCUUUUCCUGCAUGGCAGGAACUAGAUGGCCCAUGUGCUCUCUUCCAACUCUAUUGCUCUAUCAUUCUGUGGUUCUAAUUUGAAGAGAUUUGUUGUUGAACAGAGAUCUCUGAAUGUAUCCCAGCUAAUAAUAAUGACCUUUUACUGCUUUGACGUUUUGGCUUCUUUUAAUUGUUUUUUUUUACUUUGAAAAAUUGGUUUUACAUCUGCGUUUAUUGUUCUAAGGAAUGGAACUGAGGAUUUGUUGUUGUUGCUGGAGAAGAUUAAGAGAUCGGAUUGAUAUUUUAAAUCCUUUUUGAAAGGACAUUUGAAAUCUUCUGAAUGUUCAGUUGAUAAGUGAUAAAUAUUGCUUUGAUUAGAUCUGAAUGCGGAGAAAGGGUGGGCAUUAAUAGCUACAAAAGGUCCCAUGCUCAUGUCUGAAGCAUGUGGACACUUGUUUUUAAAUGUAAUUAGAGGAUUUCUAUCACAGUAGAGUUUUUUGUUUACUUUUUUGAACUGCAACUCCUAGGAUAAUCUAGGCAGCCUGGUCAAGUAUACUUUGUCUUUGUUCUCUUGAUCCUUAGUAGGGCUUCUUCCUGUGGGAAAGAAGGAAGGAAGGAAGGAAGGAAGGAAGGAGGGAAGAGCUGUCCCAUGAAAUAAGGAGCAUAGGAACAGAGGAUUGCACUCUGGUAACAAUUGAGCAUAAAUUCCUUAAUCUCAAAUAUGGCAAAUGGUUAAAAUUCUUUCUCCUCUUGGCUUUCCCCCAUCCUCCACCCAGAAUUUUGAUACUCCUCAGUAUCUACCAAAAAUGUGCUUUGUGAUUUACAAGCCCGCAGGAUGGAGGUUUUACUCCCAGCUCUUGUCACCAGUGGUCAAGGGUCAAGAAGAAUUUUGUACCUUCCUGCUGCAGUGCUGCCGUUGUAUAUUAAACUGGAGCUCAAGAGACACACAUUAGUUCAGAAAAUGUGACUGGAUGUGUUGUUAGACUAUAAAUUUCAAAAGAGUGAAGAGAAAUGAAUAGAAGGGUGAAAGGCAAGGUGGAUUUAGAUUUCAGAGACUGUUAACAAAGUGUUCCUGUCAGCACGCUCCUGGGCUAUUAAAGACUGAACCAAAUUUGAUGCUUUCAGCACAAGCUGAUGAGAUAAACAUCGUAGGAGGAGGCAAGCAAUGCAGCCCCCGUCCAGACCAGAGGCAAAAUCCUGGCUGGCAACCCCUGUACUGCUCCUGAUUGUGGAAGAGAAACAUUACUUAUGACUAAACUGAAUCUUGUCAGACAAUGUGACAUAUUUCAGAAGAUCAUCUGUGUCAAUUUGCUGCAGAAAAAUCAUCAAAGAAUCUGGAAAUACCUUAAGGGCCAACAUAUUUUCUAUGGCAUAAACUGGGGUGGGAAACAUGCAACUCUCCAGAUGUUGGGGGACUUUAAUUCCCAUCAGCUUCAGCCAGCAUGGCAGCAGCCAUGAAUAAUGAGAGUUGUAGUUCAACAACCUCUGGAAGGUCAUACACUCCCCACCCAUGGCAUACAUUUUCAUGGACUAACAUCUGUUAAUUUGAGCAUCAAUUUGCAUCCCACUAGGUAUAGCUGAAUCACUGAUAACAACCAAAGUCACAAGAUAGUAAGUGGAAUGAAUUAGGCUUCUUACUGAUAACACAGUACUCAGUACAGAAAUAGCAGAGAAAUAAUAGCAGCAUUCAGUGAUACAGGAAUAACAAACAUCUCUCUUCGGGACUGAAUAAUGUAAUGAAAAGAAUAGUAUGAAAAUGAGAAGAUAAUAUCAUGAUCAUGUACAUAAAGGAUUCACUGUAAUAAUGGCUUUGACAAACACAACUAUUCAUGACAACAGUUUGAAUAAGAAUCUUAAACCUGCAUUCUUUGUCCUGAAAAUCCCUCCAGCCUUUCUAGUUAAAAACAUCUUUAAGCCAUGCUGAGAUUCCCUGCCUAUUGUAAACACUAUAUAAUUUUGAAAUUAAUGCCAGAGCUUUUAUAUUCUUCAGAAAUGGUUUAUAUCUAUGACUCAUUUGCAUAAUUUUAGAAUUGGUUAAGGAGCAGAAGCUUGAAAAGGUUACUUUUUUUGGACUACAGUCUUCCAGCAUGUUGUGAAAUUUAUAUAGGCAAUUGCUGCCAUAUUCUCGGAAGUCAUUUAUGUAUCUUCCAUCCCUCAAUUUAUCAGAGUGCUUUUUUAUCAGCUGGUUCCAAUGUAGCAAAAGAAGUUGCUCUCACAGUGUUUUGCCAAAGGCAAGAAGUCCUUGGGUUGUAAAGGCAGCACAAAUGAUGGUUUUGUGGUUUUCAUUAGAUCACAGGCAGGGAAAAAGAGAUACAAGAAGUGUACUAACCUAAGAUCUUACAUUCUCCUUUCUAUUGUUGGGAGCUCCAAACAGACAACAGCAGAGAGAUCCCAACUGACUGGCACACAGUCAGGGUCAAGACCUGUACCCAAGUCCAUUGGAUAGAGCCCAGAUAGCCAUACUUAUACAAAAAAAAAUCUACUAGAGCUAUGUGUGUGUUUGUAUCAGCAUCUUGAUUCAUUGCACAUGAUUUGAUAGUCCAGCUCCAGUAUUUAUGAAAAUUCAUAGCUGAUCAGAAGCUUAUUAGUUGCAGCUAACCCAUCUAGCUAGAUGCCUUCACAUUUCAAGAUUAGACCUUCCAGCUUAAUAUAAACACAGCAGGGAAGCAAGAAAACAACCCCACCUGAUCAGUCAUAUAGAGACCCGAUCAUGGAUGGGAAUUGUAAAAACAACUUCCAGCCAUUUCCCAUAUAGACGAACAGAUUUUCUGGUUUCUCAGCUGUUACACAGAGUUGGAAUUUUAUCAUGUCUGCUUACCAAAUGAUUUGCAGAAUCCAGUAUUUCCUUUGACCCAAAAGGGGAAGAUCAGUGGAGUCCUAUCACAAGAUGUAUCAAGUACAUCUUGAUAACAUCAAGGGCUGAGAGGCCUGCUGUUGUGCUGCAGAAGAGGCCAGAAACAUCUCCAGCCAGCCUGCCUGUUGCUGCCUCUGGGACUCCUUGUGAGUAGACUGCAGCCCCAGGCCCUUUCCAUCUGGGUGUGACUCAGCACUUCCUAGGAAGGACCAUCUAUAAAGCCUGAGUCCACAAGGCCCUGGCAGGGCUGAGAGGCCUGCUGUUGUGCUGCAGAAGAGGCCAGAAACAUCUCCAGCCAGCCUGCCUGUUGCUGCCUCUGGGACUCCUUGUGAGUAGACUGCAGCCCCAGGCCCUUUCCAUCUGGGUGUGACUCAGCACUUCCUAAGAAGGACCAUCUAUAAAGCCUGAGUCCACAAGGCCCUGGCAGGGCUGAGAGGCCUGCUGUUGUGCUGCAGAAGAGGCCAGAAACAUCUCCAGCCAGUCUGCCUGUUGCUGCCUCUAGGACUCCUUGUGAGUAGACUGCAGCCCCAGGCCCUUUCCAUCUGGGUGUGACUCAGCACUUCCUAGGAAGGACCAUCUAUAAAGCCUGAGUCCACAAGGUCCUGGCAGGGCUCAGAGGCCUGCUGUUGUGCUGCAGAAGAGGCCAGAAACAUCUCCAGCCAGUCUGCCUGUUGCUGCCUCUGGACUCCUUGCCUACUGCCCCCCUCCCUUUUUCCCAGCGCUGGCCUACUGCCCUCCUCGCUUUCCCCAGCAUUGGCUAUUUAACUAAGAGUCUGUCUUACUGAGGUCCACUCAUUAUUUAUAUAUUGCUGCUAUAACAAUCUUUAAAUGCUGUUAUAAUAACUAUUAUGCACUGUGAAGCCUGGUCCCCCUGACUAGUUUACUAAGUCUAUCAUCUCUAAUUGGUCCUGCCCUGGCACCUUAUAAUACCAUAUUGCACCAUAUUGAAUUAGUUCACCAUCAUAAUCCCCACUGCCUGCCUUGCACUUUAGUCAGCUCAGACCCCUAUACCUAUGCUGCUCAUGCACCCUCUGCACUUUACAACUGCAUUUGCACUUUGUAUUGUUGGAGGGGGGUGGGGGAGGCUGGAGGGUUAUGGGGACUGCAGGGUGGGGGAAGGGAAUGGGUGUGAAAGGAUGCCAAUCUAUAACAGAAAACUAGUAAACCAAAUAACAUCGUUUGGACCAGGGGAAGAGAAAGGGAAAGGACAGUGUGAUAGGGGAGGAGGGUGUUCUGAUGGGUGGGGAGCCCCUAUAGAGGUGGUGUCUGGGAGGGGGAGAUACGGGAAAGGGAGACCAAAUCAUUUAAUUCGGCCUAGGGUUUUUGGUAGGACAUUAAUAGUUCCAAAACGGUCUCCUGACAUAGCUAAUCUGGGUAGCCAGGAUGGUGGUCCCUCCAGGUUAAGGGUGGUGCUGUUUAAUGCCAGGUCAGUGAACGGAAAAACAUCUUUCAUCCAAGAUCUCAUCUUGGAUGAGCAUGUAGACCUGGCAUGUAUUACGGAGACCUGGCUGGACGAGAUGGGAGGAGUUAAUCUCACCCAGCUCUGCCCGCCAGGUUAUUCCGUACAGAACCAGCCGAGAUCUGGAGGGAGGGGAGGUGGGGUCGCGGUGGUCUAUAAGGAUUCCAUCCCCCUGACCAGGUGCCCCGUCCCACAGUCGACCAUGUUUGAAUGUGUCCACCUGAGGGUGGGAGACCGGGACAGAUUAGGGAUUCUGUUAGUGUACCGACCACCCCGCUGCACUACAGUCUCCCUGCCUGAGCUAGCUGAGGUGGUCUCGGGCCUGGCGUUGGAGUCCCGGCAGCUCAUAGUGCUGGGGGACUUCAAUGUCCAUGCCGAGACCAACCUCUCAGGUGCAGCUCAGGACUUCAUGGCCGCCAUGGCAACCAUGGGGCUGUCCCAAUUAGUAACAGGCCCCACCCACAGUGCGGGACACACACUGGACUGGGUCUUCUGUCAGGGAUGGGAGGAAGGUGGCGGUGUGGAGGAGCUCACCAUCGCUCCGUUGCCAUGGACCGACCAUCACCUGAUCAGGUUUAGACUUACUGCGCCCCCCAACCUCUGCAGGGGUGGUGGACCUAAAAUGGUCUGCCCCAGGAGACUUAUGGAUCCAGAAGGAUUCCUGACCACUCUUGGGGAAUUUCCCGCCUCCUCGGCAGGUGAUCCUGUUGAUGCUCUGGUCUCUCUCUGGAAUGGAGAGAUGACUAGGGCAAUAGACACGAUUGCUCCGGAGCGUCCCCUCUCGAGUAACCGAGCUAAACCAGCUCCUUGGUUUACUGAGGAGCUGGCAGCGAUGAAGCGAAAGAAGAGGGAACUAGAGUGCGUGUGGCGAUCAGGGUAUAACGAGUCAGACCGAACACGGCUAGGCUCCUAUCUUAGGGCAUAUGCCGCGGCAAUCAAAGCUGCAAGGAGAGCCCACCUUGCGGCCAACAUUGCGUCCGCACAGAACCGUCCGGCGGCGCUGUUCCGUGUCAUCAGAGGGUUGUUAACUCCCACCAAUCAAGGUGGGAGCCCUGAUAACUCGGCAGCCCGCUGUGAAGCAUUUGCUCGGUUCUUUGCGGACAAAGUCGCUCUGAUCCGUUCCGACUUUGACACCAUAUUAACGGCAGUCUCUGAGGAUGUAACGAGUGCACCUGCUUGUCCAGUUUUGUUGGAUUCAUUUCAAUUGGUUGAGCUCGAGGAUGUGGACAAGAUCCUGGGAGAGGCGAGACUGACCACAUGCAUCCUAGACCCCUGCCCAUCCUGGCUGGUGAGAGAAGCCAGAGGGGGUUUGGCCGAGUGGGUGAAGGUGGUGGUAAAUGCCUCCCUUCGGGAGGGCAAGUUUCCAGCGAGCCUAAAAAUGGCUGUGAUCAAGCCGCUGUUGAAAAAGCCAUCAUUGGAUCCUACUCAAUUCGGAAACUUUCGGCCUAUUUCCAAUCUCCCCUAUUUGGGCAAGGUCUUGGAACAUGUGGUUGCUUCGCAGCUCCAGGGUUUCUUGGUUGACACUGAUUUUCUGGAUCCGGCACAGUCUGGCUUUAGGCCGGGGCAUGGUACUGAGACAGCCUUGGUCGCCUUAGUCGAUGAUCUACGCCGGGAACUGGACAGGGGGAGUGUGUCCCUGCUGGUUCUGCUGGACCUCUCAGCAGCCUUCGAUACCGUCGAUCACGGUAUCCUUCUGGGACGCCUCGCGGGAAUGGGACUUGGAGGUACUGUUUUGCAGUGGCUCCACUCAUUCCUGGAGGGUCGGUCCCAGAUGGUGUCAUUGGGGGAUGCCUCCUCGGCCCCACAACCAUUGACUUGUGGGGUCCCGCAGGGCUCUGUGUUAUCUCCCAUGUUGUUUAACAUCUACAUGAAGCCGCUGGGAGAGAUCAUCAGGAGUUUCGGGGUCCGGUGUCAUCUGUACGCAGAUGAUGUCCAGCUCUGUCACUCCUUCCCACCUGUCACUAAGGAGGCUGUCCAGGUCCUGAACCGGUGCUUGGCCGCUGUGUCGGACUGGAUGAGGGCCAACAAAUUGAAAUUGAAUCCAGACAAGACAGAGGUCCUCCUGGUCAGUCGGAAGGCUGAACAGGGUACUGGGUUACAGCCUGUGCUGGAUGGGGUCACACUCCCCCUGAAGGCGCAGGUGCGCAGUCUGGGGGUGAUCCUGGACUCAUCGUUGAGCCUGGAGCCCCAGGUCUCAGCGGUGGCUAGGGGAGCCUUCGCACAAUUAAAACUUGUGCGCCAGCUGCGACCGUACCUUGGGAAGCCGGACUUGGCCACGGUGGUACACACCCUUGUUACAUCUCGUUUAGACUACUGCAACACACUCUACGUGGGGCUGCCUUUGAAGACUGUUCGGAAGCUUCAAUUAGUCCAACGGGAGGCUGCCAGGUUAAUAACUGGGGCGGCGUACAGGGAGUGUACUACUCCUCUGUUACGCCAGCUCCACUGGCUGCCAAUUAGCUACCGAGCACAAUUCAAGGUGCUGGCUUUAGCCUAUAAAGCUCUAAACGGUUCCGGCCCAGCUUAUCUGUCCGAACGUGUCUCCCGCUACGACCCACCUCGAAGCUUAAGAUCGUCAGAUGAGGCCCUGCUCGCGGUCCCGUCAGCCUCACAGGUGCGGCUGGCGGGGACGAGAGACAGGGCCUUUUCAGUGGUGGCUCCCCGCCUAUGGAACGCCCUCCCCAUUGAAGUCAGGCAGGCUCCCUCCCUCCUGUCUUUCCGAAAGAGGACAAAAACGUGGUUAUGGGACCAGGCAUUUGAGCAUGAGUAGCAGCAAAAAUGAGAUAAGAAUAUAUGACCUACUGACAGACCCCACAUGAACAUGGAAAGCGCCUUAAAUGUAUAUUUAAAUGUAUAAUUAUGUAUAUUUUAAUGGCUAUUCUUAAUUUUAUUGUAAUUUUUA